AACAUGACAUUUGUUGUUUUGUCAUUAUAAUCGAUACAUAUAGAAAUCAAUUUAAUGUUUUGAUUUUCUUGUCGCUUACGAGACCAAUAAUAAUAAAUUAUAAAUAUCAAGAAAGUUCAAGUUUUAACUAGACAAUUGUGUCAUUCGGUAUAAAAAUUGCCUCUUUCAGUAAACAUGAGUCCAGUUGAAAGUGUACCUGUGGCUGUAUUAAAUUGUGUGGAUGAUUAUGUGGAAUUACUUUACGAUGACAUCCCAGAAAAAAUAAAAGGAUCAGCAUUAAUCUUGCAACUGGCCAGGAACCCUGACAAUUUAAUUGAAUUAGCCAGAAAUGAAGCUCUUCUGAGUGCUCUCUCCAGAGUUCUCCGAGAGGAAUGGAAGAGAAGUAUUGAAUUGAGUACAAAUAUAGUUUAUACUUUUUUCUGCUUCUCUACUUACAAUGAAUUUCAUCAGGUUAUAAUUCAAUAUAAGAUAGGGUCUUUGUGUAUGGAUGUAAUAGAUUAUGAACUCAAACGUUAUGAUCAGUGGAAAGAGAAGGUUGAAGGCAAGAAACAGUUGCUUACUCCAGAUAAGAGUGAACUCCCAAAGAGCCGAAUUCCUGAACCUAAACGGCGACCGAAAUCGGGCACAUGGGCCGUAGCCGAUGUAAAUUUACAAAAGUCUCGAUCCUUAGUCUCCAGUUACCAUGAAGAUUUAUGUAAUGCAUCUGAUGAAUGUUUAUCUAAAAAUGAUGAAGAGCAAUUAAAAAGAAAACUCAAGACAUUAUCCAAACGGCAAGAGCAAUUAUUGAGAGUAGCUUUUUAUAUGUUACUCAAUAUAGCUGAGAAUGUAAAAGUUGAAGAGAAAAUGCAUAAGAAAGAUAUUGUUGGAUUACUUAUUGGAGCUAUGGAGAGGCAUUCAAAUAUGGAUUUACUAAUACUUAUUGUUUCUUUUUUGCAAAAAUUGUCUAUUUUCGUAGAAAAUAAAAAUAGUAUGGCAUCAAGAGGAAUUGUUGAGAAAAUUGCACCUUUAUUGGAUUCACCAAAUGCAGAUCUAGUCAAUGUUACGUUAAAGCUAUUAUUUAAUCUUACGUUUGACACUAAAUUGCGCAAUAAAAUGAUAAAAAUUGGUCUAUUGCCAAAAUUUAUUCAAUUCACAAGUGACGAUAAACAUAUUAAUUUAGCAAUGAAAAUUUUGUACCAUUUGAGCAUGGAUGAUCGAGUCAAAUUAUUGUUUACUCAGUCUGAUUGUGUCAAAUUGCUAACUGAUAUGCUGCUGUUGAACGUAAAUAGCGAUGCAUUUGGCACCAGCACAGCGAGCACCACGGACGUUCUGCUUGCGCUCUGCGUGAACCUUGCGUGGUGCGACCGCGCCGCUCACCAGAUGGCCGCCGAGGGCCGGCUGCGAGAACUGCUCGCGCGUGCCUUUCGGUACAAGAACGCGAUGCUUAUGACACUUGUGCGCAACUUAUCAAAUCACUCUCAAAAUAAACCAUUGUUUGUCGAAUUCGUAGGAGAUAUCGCUGCAGCAGUCACGAGCGGUGACGUGCCUGAGGAAUUUGUUAUCGAAUGCAUCGGAACACUCAGCAAUAUAUUGCAUGCUGACAACAACAUAGAUGUUUAUGCUGUUGUAGAAAGAUAUAACCUGAUACCGUGCAUUAUGAAGAUACUAGAUCCAGAGGGCGCAGAGGAGAGGUCGUGGUCGGCAGAGCUGGUGCUGGAGGGUGUGGUGGCGUGCGGUACGCUGGGCGCGGAAGAGCGCUGCGCCAGUGCGCUUCUGCGCGCCGGCGCGGGCCGUGCGCUCGUGGCGCUGCUGCGCCAGCGCCAGGCCGACGACGACCACGUGCUGCAGACCGUGUUCGCCUUCCGCCAGAUGCUGUCGCACCCACGCGCCGCCGACUACCUGCUCACGCGCACAGAAGCUCCAGCGUACCUAAUAGACCUAAUGCAAGAUAAAAAUGUAGAAAUUAGAAAAAUGUGUGACUCCUGCCUGGACAUUAUUUCACAAAUGCAAAAUGAGUGGGCUGCAAGAAUAAAGGUGGAAAGAUUCCGAUGCCACAAUGGACAAUGGUUGUCUGUAGUGGAAACUUUGGGCGCGGAAAAUGGUGGCGGGGUCGGAGCGGGGGUUGCGGGCGGCGCGGCGGGCGGCGGCGGCGGUGACUCGGCCGAUGACCUGCCGCCCUACCUGUCUGCCGAGUACCUCACUACGCACCGGCUCACUACAUCCGAUUCACAAAUAUCAUUGAAUGACGACUCUGAUAGUUUUUCUGGAGAAAUGGAUAUUAACAGCUCCAACAAUAGGAAUCCAGCUGAUGGACCUACUAAUGAAAUGUUUGGAGCAGAGUCCUUAAUUACAAAAGCGGCUGAUAAUGAUGCUUUAUUUACAAAUGAUGUCAACAUAUACGCAUAACUUUCGAUUAUUUACGAUUCACACGCUUAUGGUCAUUUAUUCAAUGAAAAUGUUUAUUAUCACUUUCUUUGCUUAUUUAACUAACUGGUAGUUACUAAAUCUAAAAUAAGAUAGGCACAUGUAAUAAAUGAAAUAAUAUGUUAAAUCUAUAUUAUUCAGUAUGACUUGGCAUCUACUCUUUUUCAUUGAAUUAAGUAAAAAGGAAUUUCUGUUAUGGUGACAUUAAAUUAAGACAAAUAUCAAUCGGGAUUAAUACAAAAAAGUAAAGAUUGCAAUAAAUUGGUGUUAAAUAUAUGUUUAGAAGUCUUACUGCAAAAGGCGUCUAAAAUCUAUAUAGUUCAAACAAAGACAAAAUUAGACCUUAAUAAGACAGUAUUUGAAGUAAUAAAUUUUAUUAUAAUACUUUAUAGAUAUAACACAUACAUUUACAAAUAAACAUUAUUACAUCAACUAAUAAUAUUAAAUAAAUUUACUUAGAAAUUUGCUAAACACUAUUUAGAAUCAGAGAUUAGAUUAUUAUAAAAGUUUGAACACUAUUUAGUGUUCAAACUUUUAUAGUAAUACCGAAUUAGUUUAGAUGCUGUCAGAACAAAUAUCUCUAUUUAAUAAUAAAAAGAAGUAGAAUGACCCAUUAUAAUUAAUAAUAAACAUUAAAAAAUAAUAACUAUGGAAGUAGAAAAAGAUAAUACUAAUAAUAAUACUACGCAAAUGUUUUAUUAAUUACUAAGUUAAAAAUGCCUAAAACAUAUGUAAAUCUCAUGAAGACAUCAAAACUUCAGUAUGUUACUUUUGAUUAUAAUAAAAAAAUCUACACUGAUCUUUAUUUACUG